CCACCCCACAUCUUGCAGGUGCACCCUUUACUGCCAGGCUCGGCCACCGUCCUGAUCCAUGACCUGUGCCUGCCCUUCCUGGCCCCAGCCGAGGCCACCGUCUACGUCCGCGUGGUUGACAAGGUGGAGAUUGGAAAGAUGGUCAAGGCCCACGUCCGAGUGCUGGACUUUUACAAGAAGUCUUUCCUGGCCAAGUACUUUGCCUUCAUGGACCUCAAGCUGCGGGCGGCCUCCCAGAUCAUCACCCUGGUGGCCCUGGAUGAAGCCCUGGACAGCUACAUGGCUGCGUUCCUGGUGCAUGGCACGGCCAUCGGCCAGACCAGCCUGACCGCAAGCGUGACCGAUACCGCCGGACAGAGGAUCAGCUCGACCCCGCAGCAGAUUGAAGUCUUCCCCCCCCCGUUCAGGCUGAUUCCCAGGAGGGUGACGCUGAUCAUCGGGGCCACGAUGCAGGUCACCUCUGAGGGCGGUCCCCAGCCGCAGUCCCACAUCCUCUUCUCCGUCAGCAAUGCCAGCGUGGCCACCGUGGGCAGCACAGGGCUGGUCCGUGGCCUGGCCGUGGGCAGCGGCACCGUGUCGGGCGUCGUGCCAGCGGCGGACGCGGACACCGGCAAGGUCAUCGUGGGCUCCCAGGACCUGGUGGAGCUAGAGGUGGUGCAGCUGCGGGCGGUGAGGAUCCGCGCACCCAUCACGCGCAUGAGGACGGGCACCCAGAUGCCCGUCUAUAUCACUGGGGUCACCAACAACCAGAGCCCUUUCUCCUUUGCAAACGCCGUGCCAGGCCUGACCUUCCACUGGUCGGUCACCAAGCGCGACAUCUUGGAGCUCCGCGGACGGCACCACGAGGCGUCCGUCCAGCUGCCCUCACAGUACAACUUCGCCAUGAGCCUGCUCGGCCGGGCGAAGGGCCGCACGGGGCUGAGGGUGGUGGUCAAGGCCCUGGACCCCUUGGUGGGACAGCUGCACGGCCUUGCCAAGGAGCUCUCAGACGAGAUCCAGGUCCAGGUUUUCGAGAAGCUGUGGCUGCUGAACCCCGAGAUAGAAGCAGAACAAAUAUUAAUGUCCCCCAACUAGUUUAUCAAGCUCCAGACAAACAGGGACGGUGCCGCGGCUCUUUGCUACCGUGUCCUGGAGGGGCCUGAGAAGGUUCCCGUCGUGCAUGCCGAUGAGAGGGGCUUCCUGGUGUCCGGCUCUGUGAUCGGGACCUCCACUGUCGAAGUGACCGCUCAGGAGCCUUUCGGGGCCAACCAGACCAUCAUCAUUGCCAUGAAGGUGUCCCCCAUCUCCUACCUGAGGAUGUCCAUGAGCCCGGUCCUGCACACCCAGGACAAGGAGGCCCUGGCGGCCCUGCCUCUGGGGAUGACCGUGACCUUCACCGUCCACUUCCACGACCACUUUGGAGACGUCUUCCACGUGCACAGUUCGGUCCUCAGCUUUGCCACCAACAGAGAGGACUUCGUGCAGGUCACCAAGGGCACCACCAACAACACCUGCGUACUGCGCACGGUCAGCGUGGGCCUGACGCUGCUGCGCGUGUGGGACCCCGAGCACCCCGGCCUCUCCGACUACGUGCCGUUGCCCAUCCUGCCGGCCAUCACUCCAGAGAUGCCCGGCACCGUGGUGGUCGGGGAUGUCCUCUGCCUGGCCACUGCGCUCACGGGCCCCAAGGGUGCCCCAGGAACCUGGAGCUCUUCAGCCGACAGCAUCCUCCAGGUCGACCCCAAGACGGGGAUGGCCGUGGCCCGGGACGCGGGGUCCGUGACGGUGCACUACGAGGUCCCCGGGCACCUGAGGACCUAAAAGGAGAUCGUGGUCAGUGUCCCCCAGAGGAUCGUGGCCCGGUGUGUCCACACGGCCCAGGCCAGCUUCCAGGAGGCCACAGCCUCCAGAGUGACCGUCACCGUGGGAGACAGAAGCUCUAACCUGAGAGGCGAGUGCUCCGCUGCCCAGAGGGCGGCCAUCCCGGCUCUGGGGCCCGAGGCCCUCCUCAGCUGCCAUCUUCGGUUCCAGCAAGACGUCUUCGACCUCCCAGUGACAGACGUGUUCUCGGCCGAGCCGGACUUCGACGUCACACUGGGCCAGUACCUCUGCUCGGUCACAAUGCACAGGCUGACUGACGGGCAGCUAAGGCACUUGAGCUCGAGGAGGACACCCCUGGUGGUCACAGCCUCGGUGGCCGGGGGCCAGACGUCUGUGGAGCAGGUGGGGGCCGAGGUGCCCUUCAGCCCUGGGCUCUACGCUGACCAGACCGAGAUCCUCCUGAGCAACCACCUGUCCAGCCGCGAGGUCAAGGUCUUUGGGGCCGCGGAGAUCCUGGACAGCUUGGAGGUCAGGUCCGGGUCCCCCGCUGUGGUGGCCUUCGCGAAGGAGAAGUCCCUGGGGCUGCCCAGUUUCAUCACCUACACGGUCGGCGUCUCGGAUCCCAGGGCGGGCAGCCAGGGCCCUCUGUCCACCGCCCUGACCUUCUCCAGCCCUGCCACUAACCAGGCCCUCACCAUCCCGGUGACGGUGGCCCUGGUGCUGGAUCACUGUGGGGCUGGUCCUUACGGGGCCGGUCUCUUCCAGCACCUCCUGGACUCCUACCAGGCCCUGUUCUUCUCGCUCUUCACCCUGCUGGCCGGGACGGCCGUCACGGCCGUCACCGUCAUAGCCUACCACACGGUCUAUAGGCCCCAGGAGCUCACUGGCCCCGUGGUCCUCACGCCCCGAGCCAGCCCUGGGCACAGUCCCCACUAUCCAGCGGCCUCCUCUCCGGCCUCCUUCAAUGCCUUGCCUCCUGGUCGCAGAGGCAGCCCCCGCUUGGUGCUCUGGAGCCCAGCCUAUGCCUCCCACUAGCUCCUGAGCGCCCCGUGGGUAGGAGCCCGCGGUCAGUGUGCUGUGUCCCUCCUCCUUCGAGCCGUGUGGCCACCAGGAGCCCGUACACCCUCGUGUUUGUAUUCCUUGCCGCUAAAAAGCGCUGCGUCCUCAGAACCUUGGGCCGUGGCAAGGCGAGUCACCCGCGUGUCACCCUCGUGGUCUCAGGGAAGGGCUCUCUGGUGACGCUGGGGCUUGUGGGGCGCCUGGCCUGUGUGUCUCCUCCCCGUGAAGACUCUCCCUGUGGCUGUUGCUACGACAGGCCGGGGACAGCAGUGUCCUGGGCCAGCCCCGCCCACCUCAGGAACUGUCCCCAGCCACGACCAGGAGCCGAGCCAGUUGGACACCUGAGCCCAGAGCCAAGCACCCGGGGCGGCUCCGUCCCCUCCGGGGGCCACUGUGACAGUGGCUCUGCGUCUUUGUAGAAACUCCUGGUUCCGCGUGACCUCUGCCCCCCAGGACAGCCUGAGCCCGUCCCUGGAGUGUCCUUGAGCCCCCAUGGGGCCUUCUGCUGUCCCUUUAGCACAGAGACCCAGCGUCCCUGCCGCUCCUGUGCCACGCUCAAUACCUCGGCCCACCCGAGCCAGACACAGCUGCGGUGUCCCCCAGCUGCAGUGUCCCCCCGCCACGGUGUCCCCUCCUGCCUGAGAUCCCCUCCCCCGCCCCGCACUGCCGCCGGGCAGCCUCCUGGAGGCCCCGAGCCCACCCUGGCCUCGAGGAGGCUGGGCGGCCACCCAGGACCUGCCCUCCAGGAGGGGACUCCACCAGAGGACAGCUCAGACCCCGCUGUGCCCAGUGCCCCCUCCAGGUCUGGGGCCAGGGAGGGCAGGCCCUGGAUCCAGGCUGUGCACCGUGCGCCUGGAGCCAGCCACACCUGCACGCCACGUGUCUGCUGAGUGCUCAGCCUCUGAGGCCCACCGUGGGGCUGGGAACAGCACUGACUGCUCUGCAGCUGGGGACUGAGACCUUUGUGCCUUGCCUGUUACUUGAGCUCACACUGACGACCUGGAUGUCGCGGAGCCCGGCUCCUGGUGUGGUCAAUAAAGUUCUGUGGUUGUUCUCAC